AUGACUUACUUUCCCGGCAGAGUGCAGUUCAACCCGACUAGUGCACUAAGCAUCGAGCUAGAGUUGAUGCGCAAGCGCAAAGUUGGCCACCCAGAAUCUUUAAUUCCAGCAAUACAAAUCAAUUCGCUUUCUCUGUACAUAUUCUACAGAAGAUCGCAAUUCAACACUUACUCAACAAUGUCGGAUUGGUCACUAGUGUCAGCAGGAUCAAAAUGGGACGCAAAUGGCAGUCCUCUGUCAUCCGAUGGCUUCGAAAUCAUUUCGCAUUCACAAGACAAAAGCAAUGCGAAUCUUGGCGGCAAUCCCUCCAGCAAGUCGAAAUCUAUUGUCGCUCAAUGGCUUAAGAGCCAAUCGCAAAUUGCAGUUGGACCAAAACCCAGCACUUCGAAGCCCACCCGAGUCGAAGUCAUAUUCACAAACCAGAAGCCAAAGAAGUAUCGGAGCGCCGCAAACACCAGAGACAUGGUCUCAAUGGCAGAUCAUCCUUCAACAUGGUAUGGGACAAUCAUGGGCAACAGAUUCAAGAACGAUCCUUCCGCAGCUGCAACUGAAAGAAUGCUGCAUCGAGCCUUGGCAUCUCAACGAGUUCCAUUCUUAGUCUCGGCUGCCAUAUGGUGCUAUAUUCUCCAGAGGACGGCGGCUUAUAAGGAGCAUGGUUUUUACGCUGCAACGUUGAAGGCUAUUCACACAUUUUUGGAAGCUGGUAGCAAAGAGUAUGUUGUGUUAAUCCAAGACGAAAUGGAUGCCAUUCGUGGCGCGAUUGAUAUGGGAAAUAGAGAAGAUGGAGAAUUGAAGAGCGGAAACGUUAUCCGGCAUGGUACUUGCUAUCUUACGAUGGGUCCAGAGGCCUCGUUUCAGUGGUUGGCAUGGGAGGAGGGAAAGGCUAGAUAUCUUGCUGUCUCUUCUUAA